AUGCGAUUAUUCCUGGCUUGGGUCACAGCUCUCCUGCUCGCCUGCCGAGUGCAGGCAGCGGCUGUCUUUGCCCAUUUCAUGGUGACAAAUUCGGCCAACUAUACCUCCAGUGACUGGGAAAAUGACAUGAAAUUAGCGCAAGAUGCGCACAUUGAUGCCUUUGCUUUGAAUAUGGCUUACAAUGACCCGACAAACACGAAAGCUCUCCCUGCUGCCUUUGCGGCGGCAGAUUCUGUCGGCUUCAAACUUUUCUUCUCGUUUGAUUAUGCUGGUAAUGGAGAUUGGCCGAUGAAAGAUGUCGUCAAAUUGAUCACCCAGUACAGCGCUCAUUCAUCGUACUUCUUCUACAAAGGACAAGCCUUUGUUUCCACAUUUGAGGGUCCAGAUCGAGCUAAGGACUGGCGCGUGAUCAAAAUGGCUACCAACUGCUUUUUCAUUCCGAGUUGGUCCUCCCUUGGAGCUAAGCCCGCUGUGGAGACAGGUGUCGUGGAUGGUCUCUUUAGCUGGGCUGGCUGGCCUUGGGGUGAUCAAGAUAUGAAUACCUAUAUCGAUGCAUCCUAUAUCCAGUACCUGGCUGGGAUACCGUAUAUGAUGCCGGUCUCACCUUGGUUCUUUACCAACUUGCCGGGCUACAAGAAAAACUGGAUAUGGCGAGGCGAUCACCUUUGGCAUGACCGCUGGCAGGAGGUACUUUAUGUGCAGCCCGAGUUUGUUGAAAUCAUCUCAUGGAACGAUUAUGGCGAGUCACACUACAUCGGACCCUUGUAUGGCAAAGCCAUGGAAGCAUUUGAGAUUGGCCAGGCCCCAUUCAACUACGUAACGGAUAUGCCUCACGAUGGUUGGCGAGCUACCCUACCAUACUGGAUCGAUAUGUAUAAACAGGGAUCGGCAGAGGUGACCCAGGAGAGUAUCAUUGCCUGGUAUCGACUGGCUCCUGCAGCAGCUUGCGGCAGUGGAGGCACUAGUGGCAACACUGCCUCGCAGUUGCAGAUUGAAUUCUCUCCGGCAGAGAUGGCUCAAGAUCGAAUCUUCUUCUCCGCUGUUCUGGGCUCUUUCUCUGGCGCCGUGGUCUCAAUUGGAGGGGAUGCCCAAACAGUAGGCUGGUCAUUUGUCCCAGAUGAUGAUGUCGGUGUCUACCAUGGCAGUGUCGCCUUUGGUGGUCGGACUGGACCAGUCACGGUGUCUUUGAUGCGCGAAAACGUCGUGAUCGCCACGAUUGAGGGCAAAGCCAUCUCUGGAAGCUGCACGAAUGGUAUCCAGAACUGGAAUGCCUGGGUAGGCAGUGCGAAGACAGGGAGCGCAGUGUCGGCCAGAACAAGUAUCCCGCUUUCCGAGCAAAAGUGUUCGAACGGGACUGGCACUUACAACUUUGCGGGUCUCUGUGGGUUCGCUUGCAAAUAUGGCUACUGUCCCCUAGGAGCUUGCACCUGCACAAAAAUGGGACUCGGCUUUAAAAAGCCGAAUUCGACCGGCGUGGUAGGAUAUCCGAUCCCAGGGGAAGAUGCAAGCUAUAGUGGACUUUGCAACUUUGAUUGCAAUCUCGGGUUCUGUCCCCCUUCGGCAUGUGGUACCGUGGAGGUCCCACUCUCAACGCCCUCUGUCUCACCAUUCUUACCUCCGGCAUGCACAGCAGGAACUGGCGCAGGCAAUCUGGCUGGCCUCUGUGAUUUCAGCUGUACUCAUGGCUUCUGCCCGAUGAAUGCUUGCACGUGUACAGGGCAAGGAGCAGUGAAUGUCAUGAAUCCCACGACCGACGUUACAGGUGAGGCUGACCCGGGGCAAGACCCAGCCGUCUAUGGCCCCCUGUGUGGAUACGCCUGUCAGCGCGGGUACUGUCCCGAAGGCGCCUGUGUAUCGCAUUCUGGAAGCUCCACUGGACCGGGGUCGGGCUCUGGUUCUGAUGGUGGUAGUAACGGCACGGGAGAUCUUUAUGUUGCCGCGUCUGUUGCCGAUUCAAAGUCAGGUUCUAACAUUGCUACUGGUAUUGCUCCACUGAAUAUCAUUGUCGCCCCCUCCACCUUGGAUUUCGAAACUGUAUUCUCUAUCGGACCUUUGGUGACUCCAAUCGAGGUGGCCUGGACUACAACCAAGACUGUGACUACUUCUGGGCAACCUACCGUCACUACCACAGUGACUCGCACUGUGCAGACCACGACCUUUACUAUACCUGAGAUCAGGACGAACCGAAUUCCGUGGUGGAAUUGGAAUAUCUCCGCAGCCGACGUCACACAUUCUUCCACAACACUGUUCCCUAGUUUUGCACUAGACCCAAUCGUGUUCAGAGACAGUCCAAACCCCCAGGAUACCACAAAUACCGUGACAGCCUAUCGUACUUUGUACCCUCCCCCUGGCCUUGGUCCAAAUCUUCUUUGUCUGUGGAGGUUCCGACCCCCACUAUCAAAUUUACUCACGGUAGUACCCCAGGUCCUACCUGCACGUCUGGCUGUGGAACCAAGUGCUAAUGAAAGCUGGGAGGACCCAGCGGAUCCUGAUCCCCCUACUAGCCAUUCCAAGUGUUCCGGCCCUGACUGUGAUGAUGAUGGUGAUUGCACUGGCCCAUACUGUGUGAAGAAGGGCUGCACCGGCACCGACUGUGACACCGAAAGCCAUGUCUGCCUUGGCUCCGACUGUGAGCGGACCGGUUGUCUUGGCAGUGGCUGCAAGUCUAAUGGCGUUUGUACGGACGGUACUAGCUGCCAGACAGUCGGAUGUUAUGGCAGCGACUGCAAUGGAUCUGGUUCCUGUCUGGGUCUAAGCUGUAUCUCCCUAGGCUGCAUUGGCCUUCACUGCACUCAAAGCACAGGAAAGUGUACCGGUUAUAACUGCAACAAGAUCACUUGCUCAGGCCCGAACUGUAAAAAUGGUCAAUGCAUAGGUAAAGGUUGCACGUCCGAAGAAAAUGACUGCGAAUCUGCCGAGGCUGAUGUUUGCACUGAAACCGUCUACUCCUCUAUGGUGACUUCUGCCUCAACCUACACCACUAAAACCUCCACCAGUUGCAAAACUAUCACCGCCUGUAAUGUUGAGGCAUCUACAGCCACCACAACCAUCUCAAGCGAAUCUGCAUACGUGAUUGUCACUUUGGAUCCCUACCCCGAUUAUUCUGUCAUGAAUGAUGCGGAAGCGACUAGUAUCCAAAAGUCGAUGGAAGAUAUGUUUGAAUCAAUUUGGGCUAGCACUUCCAGUUCCUCUCCUCCACCUACUAUACCCACCUCUGUCCCGAUCGGAGGCGACUGUGAUUUUGACGGCCAGUGCGAGGGUGACUGCCCCAAAGGCAAGAUCCUUCAAUGCGCCAAUCAAGGCGGCGGCGGAAAGUGCACUUGCAUGACCGACCAGAAAGUCCCGCCUUAUGGGACAAUGUGCCAGAGUGUCCAGGAUUGCACAAGAUCCUAUUACUGUGCACUUGGGGACACGAUGGUGUGCGAGGAACGGGACUAUUCCAACGGGGAACCGGUCUGUCUUUGUAUCAAAGAAAGUGGCAGUUGA